GAGACGAGCUAUCUGCACACAACAGAGGGGAAACUGAGGCACACAGACAGGGAGAGGCUUAACUGCAGUCACUUGCCAUGCUGGCCCCCCAAGAUUUCCAAACCUUCGUCUUCUUCGACCUGGAGACCACCGGCCUGCCCCCGGACCGCCCCCGCAUCACGGAGCUGUCUCUCUUCGCCCUGCACCGCCGCUCCCUCCUGCAGCGCCCCCCGCAGGACGCCCCCGCCCCCCGGCUGCCCCGCGUCCUGGACCAGCUCACCCUGUGCAUCGACCCCCAACAGCCCUUCACCCCGGAAGCCGCCCGCAUCACGGGGCUGAGCCAGCAGGACCUGGAGGAGAACGGGAAGCGGGGCCUGGACCGGGCCGUGGCUCAGGCCCUGGGCGGGUUCCUAGCCCGCCAAGCCCCCCCGCUCUGCCUGGUGGCCCACAACGGUUGGAGCUACGACUUCCCCCUGCUGCGGACGGAGCUGGCGCGCGUCGGGGCCGAGCUGCCCCCCGCCACCGGCUGCCUGGACACACUGCAGGCCAUGAAGGAGCUGGGCCUGGGGGGUCAGGGGGGGUACAGCCUGGGGGCGCUCUUCCGGGGGCUCUUCGGGAGGGACCCCGACGGGGCCCACUCGGCCGAGGGAGACGUCCGCACCCUUAUUGCCAUCUUCCUCGCCAGGGCGCCACAGCUCAUGGGCUGGGCGGCGGGGAAGGCCCGGGCCUGGGGGGACGUGACCCCCAUGUACCUCCCCACGACGCAGUGA